AUGUUGAUGGCAGCGGCCCAGAAGGGCUACAACAGCUAUAGCAAUGGAAACAGACUCCGCCGGUUGAAGAGGAAGGUGGUCGGUGUCGGCGAGGCUGGCGGCAGUGGAGGUGGCAGCGGUGGCGCGGGGCCAGAGGCUGGCGGCUACUCGCUGCUGAGCAGCGCCAGCCGGCUGUCGGCGGCGGCGGUCAACAACAGAUACUCUCAGUACGUUCUCAGCACGCUGCUGCGCCGGAAACCGGCGCAACGGGCGGCGGUGGAGCGCAGGGCUGGUGAGCGCGUGCCGGGCUCACCUGGGCGUGUGCACGCCAAGCACGGGCACCUGCACAAGCAGGACGCCGAGGUGGGGGACUUGAACUCGAUGUAUUCGGACUCGAAUACGCUGGUCAAUAGCGCGCAGCACAACGCGUACGCGUCGUCGUCGUCGGCUGCGUCUUCGGUCAUCUUCGAGGACGAGCUCACGUUGCUGGACUCGCCGCCGGCCACGAUAGAGGAGGUUGCGGAGGUUGCGCUUCCAACGGCGUCGGCGGACGUGAAAAAUUACAUCAAGACUUUCAACCACUCCACGGCUCGCGAGCUGGGGAAAUCGCAGCACUUGCAUUACUACCAGCUGCCGUUUGCGUGGAGGGAAAAUCCGUUCAUCAUCAACGGAUAUCGUUUCUACAGCUCACACAAAAGGUCUUUUCUGUCGAUUGUCAAUUGGUACGGCUGGCACAACGAAACGUCGAACAUCUGGACCCAUUUGCUUGGCGGCUUGUACCUGAUUUUCCUGGCGAUGGUUGACUAUCCAAAGUCGGCGAUUUGGAACUCGGAUCAGGUCCCGUUCCCGGCGAAGUUGAUCGUUUUCGUUUUCCUGUUGGCAGGAAUGAAGUGUUUGUUUGCGUCGAUGUUUUGGCAUACUUUCAAUGGCACUUCGAUCUUGAACCUGCGUUCGAGAUUCGCUUGUGUCGAUUACUCCGGUAUCACUUUGCUCAUCACUGCUUCAAUCAUGACGACCGAAUUUGUUACAAUGUACGACUACAAAUUUUCACUAUAUCUUUACAUGUCAAUAUCAUCUGUUUUAGGUUUGUUCGGUGUGUUUAUGAACUGGUCACCAAAAUUCGAUAGGCCGGAAGCAAGGCCGUUGAGAAUCAAGUUUUUCAUCCUUUUAGCACUAAUGGGGUGUUUGUCUUUCUUGCAUUUAACGUUGAGAACUAGCUGGAAAUUUUCCGCUUCACUUGUUGUACCAGUGACUAAAAAAUCGCUCGGUUGGUAUCUGAUUGGUGUUUUCUUUUACGGCUCAUUCAUCCCAGAAAGAUUUAGAACUGACUAUAUCGUCGAUAAAUCCAUCCCUACAGAAACUGAGUUGUCAUCUGAUCUAACGAUUUUAACCAGACAUAAACAUAUUCAUUUUAGGCCCUCGCCUACAAAACAUCCAAAGUCAGUGAAAUGCUGUUGCCAUGCCCAUUCUUUCAAGUCCCUUUGGUGGGUCGAUUACUUUGGUGCAUCUCAUACAAUAUGGCAUUUUUUCGUUGUGCUUGGUGUUAUUGGUCAUUAUCAUGCUAUACUUGAUAUGUUUGCCAAAAGAUGGAUUGUCUAA